UAUAGAAAUCAAAAUAUUAUUCAUUGCUAAAAACUCAAAGCUUACGUUUUAUAAGAAAGUCGUUUGAUUUAGUUCAGCUUUUUAGCUUUACUAUAUAAAUAACUGAUUUAGCAAUGGUAACAGAAAUGUUGAAAUUUUGUCGAGAUAUUCCAAAAGUAGAGCUUCACGCCCAUCUUAAUUCAAGUUUUAGCCGUAAAACGUUUCAGCAUUUACUGGAUAGAAAAGCUGAAACUAAACCUGAAGUCAAGGAUUUCAAAGUAUUUUUGGAAGAUGGUGAAGCAGAAUCACUUAAAACAGCUUUCAGACUGUUCAAAAUGAUUCAUCAGGUCUGUGAUGAUGAGUAUUCCAUAUAUAAGCUGACUUACGAUAUUAUUCACGAUUUCGCAGCAGAUAAUGUCAAAUAUCUUGAAAUUCGAUCAACACCUAAAGAUAUUCCACAGGGAGGCCUGACUAGGAAGUCCUAUUUACAGACUAUGAUUAAAGCUAUUAAAGCCUGCGAAGCUGAAAAUCUGGACAUCAUGGUUAAAAUUCUACCGUCAAUCGACAGACAGCGUGGUCUGGAAGUCGCAGAAAUAACAGAAAAACUAGCAAAAGAAAUUGCUCAAGAAUUCCCUGGGUAUGUUCCAGGUAUUGAUUUUAGUGGAGAUCCUCAGUUUUUAGAUGGAUCCGACUUUAUACCCUUUUUUAAACAAGCUAAAACAGAUGGCCUUAAAUUAGCUCUUCAUUUGUCAGAAAUCCCAAACAUUGAAUCUGAAACUCUUGAAAUAUUAAAACAGUCGCCACCAGAUAGAAUCGGUCAUGGAACUUACUUACACCAGUUUAAGACUGGGGAAGGGUACGAAGAAAUACUGGAUAUUGUUAAAACAAAACAAAUACCUUUAGAGCAUUGUCUCACGUCAAAUUUAAAAUCCGAAACAACAGAAAGCUUUGAAGCUCACCAUUUUGGAUACUGGUAUGCCCAGAAACAUCCACAAGUCGUUUGUACAGAUGGAAGAGGUGUGUUUUUAUGUGAAUUAUCCGAUGAAUAUGCAAAUACGGCCAAAGCUUUUAAUCUAAAUAAAGAAGAACUAUGGGACUUGUCCUACAGAGCUAUCGAUUAUACAUUUACAUCGGAGAUCGAGAAGGAACAAUUAAAAGAAAAAUGGAGCAAAUUGAAAAAUAGUUGCUUUCUUGAAAAGGAAUAAAACUGUCUAUAUAUAAAAAAAGAUAGGGGUUUUUCAAUAGGGUUUGGGUUGAUAGGGAGCAGGGGAAUGUGUUAUUAUCUAUAGUAACAUAUUAACUAUAUCACUCCUGGACUCAUGCCAGUUGAUUCCAUACUGGAAAAAUGACAUGAUUUUAGCAUAUUUUAAUCAUUUGAUUUUACAAAAGACCCAUUAGUUUGUGUAGGAGUUGAGUAAUGAAUGAAUGAAAUGGGGUUUAACACAACCUUUCUCCACCACUAGGUUAAUGAAUGCUGGUUGAUGUCAUGCAGUGUGCUAUAAUUCAUGUCAUGCAGUGUGCUAUGAUUGAUGUCAUGCUGUGUGCUAUAAUUCAUGGCAUGCAGUGGGCAAUGAUUAUCAUGCAGUGUGCUAUGAUUGAUGUCAUGCAGUGGGCUAUGAUUGAUGUCAUGCAGUGUGCUAUGAUUGAUGUCAUGUAGUGUGCUAUGAUUGAUGUCAUGCAGUGUGCUAUAAUUCGUGUCAUGCAGUGGGCUAUAAUUCAUGUCAUGCAGUGGGCUAUGAUUGAUGUCAUGCAAUGUGUUAUGACUAAUCCCACACUUGUACAACAUGACAAGGAGUAUGGCUGCCUGCAUAACCUUGUGGGUCUCCAGAUCCUAUAGUUUCCUCCCACUGCUAGAUCCCUGUGCUUAAGGGAAUUAAUAAAAUAUGUUGUGGAGGGGGCCUGGGUGGGGGGGGUGUUCAGUGGUUUUGAUCCAACGCUUGUAAAUGACAAGGAGUAUGGACGCAUACAUAACCUCAUGGGUUUCUGAGUCCUACGGUUUCCUCCCACUGCUAGACCACUAUGCUAAAGCGAAUUAAUGUAAUAUGUUAGUCUCAAAAUGACUUAACACAUGUUAACAGCUCAUGUAUCAGGAUCCUUUAUUAUUAACCAAUGUUAUCACCCCACAAAUUAAGAUCUUUGAUUCUGAUCCUUGUUCAAAACCAAUCUGAUUAAAACACAGAUCCUA